GUGCCAUGGGUCCUGUAUGCACCGUGUCCGCAGGAGCUUGAAAGCAGUGUUGUCAGAGUGAUUCCUGGGCACCGGGACAUUUGAGGACGUCUGCACCACCCACUGACCGGGGGACCCAGCAAACCCCACCUGGGCUGAAGAGCAGAAUGGGAGUUGCCAGUUCUAAUCCUUCUGCUCUGCUUUGUGGGUCCUGAGUUCAGCCUUGAGAAGUCUGACCAGACCAAGGCUGUGUCAAGAUGGCGUCCGUGUUUCGCAGUGAGGAGAUGUGUUUGUCCCAGCUGUUUCUCCAGGUGGAGGCUGCAUAUUGCUGUGUGGCUGAGCUUGGGGAGCUUGGACUGGUUCAGUUCAAAGAUUUAAAUGUGAAUGUGAACAGCUUCCAAAGAAAAUUUGUGAAUGAAGUCAGAAGGUGUGAGUCGCUGGAGAGAAUUCUCCGUUUUCUGGAAGAUGAGAUGCAAAAUGAGAUCGCAGUUCAAUUGCCAGAGAAAGCCCCACCAACCCCUCUCCCACGGGAAAUGAUUACCCUGGAGACUCUUCUAGAAAAACUGGAAGGAGAAUUACAGGAAGCCAACCAGAACCAGCAGGCUUUAAAGAAAAGCUUCCUAGAACUGACCGAACUCAAACAUCUCCUGAAGAAAACCCAGGACUUCUUCGAGACCGAAACCAGCCUAGCUGAUGAUUUCUUUACGGAGGAUACCUCUGGCCUCCUGGAAUUGAGAGCUACGCCUGCAUAUGUGACGGGAAAGCUGGGGUUCACGGCCGGUGUGAUCAACAGGGAGAGGAUGGCUUCCUUUGAGAGGCUGCUGUGGAGAGUCUGCCGAGGGAACAUCUACCUGAAGUUCAGUGAGAUGGACGUGACUCUGGAGGAUCCCAUCACGAAAGAGGAAAUUAAAAAGAAUAUUUUCAUCAUAUUUUAUCAAGGAGAGCAACUCAGGCAGAAAAUCAAGAAGAUCUGUGACGGGUUUCGAGCCAUCAUAUAUCCCUGCCCGGAGCCUGCAGCGGAACGCAGAGAGAUGCUGGCCGGCAUCAAUGUGAAGCUGGAAGAUUUAAUCACCGUCAUCACACAGACAGAGUCUCACCGUCAGCGCCUCCUCCAAGAAGCAGCUGCCAACUGGCACUCCUGGGUCAUUAAAGUGCAGAAGAUGAAAGCUAUUUACCACAUCCUGAACAUGUGCAACAUUGACGUCACCCAGCAGUGCGUCAUUGCUGAAAUCUGGUUCCCGGUGGCAGACACUGGGCGCAUCAAGAGGGCAUUAGAGCAAGGCAUGGAACUAAGUGGCUCCUCCAUGGUCCCCAUCCUGACUGCAGUGCAGUCUAAAACAUCUCCUCCCACAUUUAACAGGACCAAUAAAUUCACAGCUGGCUUCCAGAAUAUUGUAGAUGCAUAUGGUGUGGGCAGUUACCGGGAAAUAAACCCAGCUCCCUAUACCAUCAUCACAUUCCCCUUCCUCUUCGCUGUGAUGUUUGGAGACUGUGGUCAUGGGAUUAUCAUGCUCCUGGCAGCCCUUUGGAUGGUCCUUAAUGAGAGACGCUUGCUCUCCCAGAAGACCAACAACGAGAUCUGGAACACCUUCUUCCACGGACGCUAUCUGAUCCUCCUUAUGGGCAUCUUCUCCAUCUACACGGGCUUGAUUUACAAUGACUGCUUCUCCAAGUCUUUCAACAUCUUUGGCUCUUCUUGGAGUGUCCGACCGAUGUUCAGAAAUGGCACGUGGAAUGCACACGUAAUGGAAACAAAUCCAUAUUUACAGCUGGACCCAGCCAUUCCAGGAGUGUACUCUGGAAAUCCAUACCCAUUUGGGAUUGAUCCGAUUUGGAACUUGGCUUCAAACAAACUAACGUUUUUGAACUCCUACAAGAUGAAGAUGUCAGUUAUCCUGGGAAUUGUCCAGAUGGUUUUCGGUGUUGUUCUCAGCCUUUUCAAUCAUGUAUACUUCGGAAGAACUCUCAACAUCGUUCUGCAGUUUAUUCCUGAGAUGAUUUUCAUCCUGUGUCUGUUUGGAUACUUGGUCUUCAUGAUCAUUUUCAAGUGGUGCCACUUUGAUGUGCAUAUGUCCUGGCACGCCCCAAGCAUCCUCAUCCACUUCAUCAACAUGUUUCUGUUUAACUAUGACGACCCUUCCAACGCACCCCUGUACAGACAUCAGCAAGAAGUCCAAAGUUUCUUUGUUAUCAUGGCUUUGAUUUCUGUGCCUUGGAUGCUUCUGAUUAAGCCGUUUAUUCUUAGAGCCAAUCAUCAAAAAUCCCUGCUGCAGGCAUCCAUGAUCCAAGAAGAUGCCACCGAGGACAUUGAAGGUGACAACUCCAGCCCUUCCAUGAGCACAGGUCAGAGGGCUUCUGCAGGUGGCCACGGGGCUCAGGAUGACCAUGAAGAAGAGUUCAACUUUGGAGACAUCUUUGUGCAUCAAGCCAUCCACACGAUCGAGUACUGCCUGGGCUGCAUUUCAAACACAGCCUCUUACCUCCGGCUCUGGGCCCUCAGCCUGGCUCACGCACAAUUGUCUGAAGUGCUCUGGACCAUGGUGAUGAACAUUGGCCUUCGCGUGCGAGGCUGGGGAGGACUCAUUGGAGUCUUUAUCAUUUUUGCCAUAUUUGCUGUUCUGACGGUAGCCAUCCUUCUGAUCAUGGAGGGUCUCUCUGCGUUCCUGCAUGCCCUGCGACUACACUGGGUGGAGUUCCAGAACAAGUUCUAUGUCGGGGCCGGUUACAAGUUUUCUCCUUUCUCCUUUAAAUACAUCCUGGAAGGGACAUCGGAGGAAUAGCGGCAGGUCCCGUGGCUGCCGCAUCUUCUGCCUCAGUCUCUGUGCCUGUGAAAGAAGUUCAGCUUUGUCUUCAAUGUCGGCCUGUGCUAGGCGGUCAAUGGAUGAUUGUUCUUAGCUAUCCGGAGACAGGAAGCCGUGUAUAUUUUACUUAUAAGCCUUGGAAUUUGAUACGACUUAACCAUGUCACAGAGGAACCGACCUCAUGUGGGGUCGUCAUUGUCAAAAACUAAAAUGACUGAGAAAUGGGGAGCGCUACACUGAUGUUUUCCUGCAAUAUUGUAAGUAUUAUAUGCAAGAAAAUAAACUUCUGGGCCAUUUCCUUGUUCUUUAAGAUGUCUUUGUCCAAAAUUAUUCUGUAAUAUUUAGUAUUGAUAGUUACAGGCCAAAGCUCAACAAUAGAGUUACA